AUGUUUGUUUUACAGGACAUUCCGACGCAUGGAGUCACUACCGUCUUCGUUGAACUGGGCAACACUAAGAUUGAGCUCCUUCAUCCUCUUGGCGCCAAGAGUCCCAUUGCUGGCUUUUUGGAGAAGAACACAGCAGGCGGAAUGCAUCACAUAUGUCUUGAGGUAGACAACAUCGAGAAGGCGGUUGCAACGUUGAAAAGCAAAGGAAUAAAGUGUUUGGGUGAGAAGCCGUCUAUCGGUGCCCACGGAAAGCCCGUCAUGUUCCUUCAUCCAAAAUCUUGCAAUGGAGUCCUGAUAGAAGUGGAGCAAGCUUAA